AUGGCCGAGCCGACGCCCCCCGCCGUGCCGUGGUUCCCCUGCGUCAAGGACCGCAGCAGCGACGACUGGCAGAAAAUCUUCGAGAUGAAGCCGGUGCUCGGUGAGCAGCGCCUGAUUCUGACGCUGGAGGAUGGCGGCACGCUGAUCAAGAUCGAGGACAACCAGGUGCGUGCAGGGAGCAACAACCAGGCUGUUUUUUUUGCGCUGCAACGCCGCUACUUGCUGGUGACGAGCCCGAACGCCGAGGGCAACCGUCGCCGCAUCUACUUCGAAAAGCGCAAGGAAGAGAAUUUCAUGGUCUCCGACAUGGUCGACCGUGACGGGGUGCGCAUCGACGAGGAGAAGGGCCCGUACCGGCUUCGCGAGAUGUGGCUCGAGAAU